AUGACAAGACAAGUAGAGAUACGUCAGUGUCUGAUCUACGACGGUCCAGAUGCAAACGCUCGUCUGAUCGGAUUGGAGUACAUAGUAACAGAGAAACUAUUCAUGGCUUUGCCUGACGAUGAGAAGAAGCUUUGGCACACGCACGAGUGGGAAGUGAAAGGAGGAUUCUUGUUCAUGCCUGGUGUUCCUGGUCCCAUUCAGCGUCAAGAGCUCGACAAAGUCGCUAAGACUUAUGGCAAAGUUUUCCAUUUUUGGCAAGUUGAUUUGGGACAUGAGCUUCCCAUUGGUUUACCUAAUGUCAUGAUGGCUGUUACUCGCGAUGGUCAGCUUUUCCACGAUAUGAUUCAGGAGGCGGAGAAGCGAUUUGGGGUAUCGAUAGAGGGGGAGAGGGACGCAAGGGCGUACAUGAAGGGGCCUGAGUUCGGGAUCCAUCCGUUGGCGAAUGGAGGAGGCAAAGGGCUAAAGCUUGAGGUGCGAGAGGUGGACAUCGAUAAAGCUGGUUGA